ACAUCAUCUAAAUUAUUGAAUAGACACACAAAGCAAACAUCUCUUAAUUAGUUCUGAUCAUUUUUAGUGCAGAAAUGGGUUGUGUAAAACUUGUGUUUUUCAUGCUAUAUGUCUUUCUCUUUCAACUUGUUUCCUCGUCAUCCUUACGUCAUUUGUGCCCCGAAGAUCAAGCUCUUGCUCUUCUACAAUUCAAGAACAUGUUUACCGUCAAUCCUAAUGCUUUUCAUUAUUGUCCUGACAUAACAGGCCGAGAGAUUCAGUCAUAUCCAAGAACUCUUUCUUGGAACAAGAGCACAAGUUGCUGCUCAUGGGAUGGCGUUCAUUGUGACGAGACGACAGGACAAGUGAUUGCGCUUGACCUCCGUUGCAGCCAACUUCAAGGCAAGUUUCAUUCCAAUAGUAGCCUCUUUCAACUCUCCAAUCUAAAAAGGCUUGAUUUGUCUUUUAAUGAUUUCACUGGAUCGCCCAUUUCACCUAAAUUUGGUGAAUUUUCAGAUUUGACGCAUCUCGAUUUGUCGCAUUCUAGUUUUACAGGUCUAAUCCCUUUUGAAAUCUCUCACCUUUCUAAACUGCACGUUCUUCGUAUCCGUGGUCAAUAUAAACUUAGUCUUGUACCUCACAAUUUUGAACUGCUCCUUAAGAACUUGACCCAAUUAAGAGACCUCCAACUUGAAUCUAUCAACAUCUCUUCCACAGUUCCAUCAAAUUUCUCUUCUCAUUUAACGAAUCUACGGCUUCCAUUCACAGAGUUACGUGGGAUAUUGACCGAAAGAGUUUUUCACCUUUCCGACUUAGAAUUUCUCGAUUUAUCAUAUAAUCCCCAGCUCACAGUUAGGUUUCCCACAACCAAAUGGAAUAGCAGUGCAUCACUCAUGAAGUUAUAUGUCCAUAGUGUGAACAUUGCUGAUAGGAUACCUGAAUCAUUUAGCCAUCUAACUUCACUUCAUGAGUUGUACAUGGGUCGUUCUAAUCUGUCAGGGCCUAUUCCUAAACCUCUAUGGAAUCUCACCAACAUAGAGAGUUUGUUCCUUGAUUAUAACCAUCUUGAAGGACCAAUUCCCCAGCUCCCGAGAUUUGAAAAGCUCAAGGAGUUAUCACUUGGAAAUAACAAUUUGGAUGGCGGACUUGAGUUCUUAUCCUUUAACACCCAACUUGAAUGGAUAGAUUUAUCAUCCAAUUCCCUAACUGGUCCAAAUCCAUCCAACGUAAGCGGACUUCAAAACCUAGAAUGGCUCUACUUGUCAUCAAACAACUUGAAUGGGAGUAUACCUUCCUGGAUAUUCUCCCUUCCUUCACUGAUAGAGUUAGACUUGAGCAAUAACACUUUCAGUGGAAAAAUUCAAGAGUUCAAGUCCAAAACAUUAAGUGUCGUUUCUCUACGACAAAAUCAGCUGGAAGGUCCUAUUCCGAAUUCACUCCUAAACCAGAGCCUAUUUUAUCUUGUCCUUUCACACAAUAAUAUCAGUGGACAUAUUUCUUCAUCUAUCUGCAAUCUGAAAAAAAUGAUAUUGUUAGACUUGGGAAGUAACAAUUUGGAGGGAACGAUCCCACAAUGUGUGGGUGAGAUGAAAGAAAACCUUUGGAGUUUGGAUUUGAGCAACAACAGACUUAGUGGGACAAUCAAUACAACUUUUAGUAUUGGAAACUCUUUAAGGGUCAUUAGCUUGCACGGGAAUAAGCUAACCGGGAAAGUCCCACGAUCUUUGAUCAAUUGCAAGUAUUUGACACUACUUGAUCUAGGUAACAAUCAGUUGAAUGACACAUUUCCAAACUGGUUGGGAUACCUAUCUCAAUUGAAGAUUUUAAACUUGAGAUCAAAUAAGUUGCAUGGUCCCAUCAAAUCUUCAGGGAAUACAAACUUGUUUACGCGUCUUCAAAUUCUUGAUCUAUCAUCUAAUGGAUUUAGUGGGAAUUUACCCGAAAGAAUUCUGGGGAAUUUGCAAGCCAUGAAGGAAAUUGAUGAGAGUACAAGAACACCAGAGUAUAUUUCUGAUAUUUAUUACAAUUAUUUGACGACAAUUACUACAAAGGGACAAGAUUAUGAUUCUGUUAGAAUUUUUACUUCUAACAUGAUUAUCAAUCUCUCAAAGAACAGAUUUGAAGGUCGUAUUCCAAGCACUAUUGGAGAUCUUGUUGGACUUCGUACGUUGAAUUUGUCUCAUAAUGUCUUGGAAGGUCAUAUACCGGCAUCAUUUCAAAAUUUAUCAGUACUCGAAUCAUUGGAUCUCUCAUCUAACAAAAUCAGCGGAGCAAUUCCGCAGCAGCUUGCAUCCCUCACAUUCCUUGAAGUCUUAAAUCUCUCUCACAAUCAUCUUGUUGGAUGCAUCCCCAAAGGAAAACAAUUUGAUUCGUUCGGGAACAGUUCAUACCAAGGGAAUGAUGGGUUACGCGGAUUUCCACUCUCAAAACAUUGUGGUGGUGAUGAUCAAGUGACAACUCCAGCUGAGCUAGAUCAAGAAGAGGAGGAAGAAGAUUCACCAAUGAUCAGUUGGCAGGGGGUUCUCGUGGGUUACGGUUGUGGACUUGUUAUUGGACUAUCCGUAAUAUACAUAAUGUGGUCAACUCAAUAUCCAGCAUGGUUUUCGAGGAUGGAUUUAAAGUUGGAACACAUAAUUACUACGAGAAUGAAAAAGCACAAGAAAAGAUAUUAGUGAGUAGCUAUACCUCCAGGAUUCAUGUCGACAAAGUUUCUGAAGAUGCACAUAAAAUCCUUUAUCUUUCAUAGUCUGUGAUGUUUUCGUAAUGUAUUUGUUAUCCUAUGAAUAAAAACAUGACUUUUCUUCCUUUCAGACUCAAA